GCCUACACGCACCGCAAGAACCAGAGCGCAACAGCGGCACUGUCCCCAGCAAACUUGCCCUCCUCCCGCCGGCCGGUCCGCGAGCGCGAGCGAGAGCCGGCAGCGGCAUGGCGUCCGCCGCCCACCGGUCCAUGGCGUCCGCCCUCCUGUUCCUCAACCUCGUCAUGUACGUCGUCAUCGCCGUCAUCGCCGGCUGGGCCAUCAACUACAGCAUCGACGAGAGCAGGAACUCGCUGAAGGGCGCGAGGCCGCCGGUGCGGCUGUUCCCGAUCUACUUCCCGAUCGGCAACCUGGCGACGGGGUUCUUCGUCAUCUUCGCGCUCCUCACGGGCGUCGUGGGCAUCGCCACCUCGCUCGCCGGCCUGCACGACGUCAGCCAGGGGUACCCCGCCAGCAUGAUGUCCGCCGCGGCGUCCUCCCUCGUCACCUGGACGCUCACCGUCCUCGCCAUGGGGCUCGCCUGCAAGGAGAUCAGCCUCAGCGUCAGGCCCGGCAGCCUGCGCACCUUGGAGGCGUUCACCAUCAUCGCGACGGCGACGCAGCUGCUCUGCGCUGGGUCGCUCCACGCCGGCGCGCACGCGGUCAUCCUGGAGACGCCUAUCGGCGGAGUUUAACUGAGGCGAGCGAUGACGACGAACUUGCUGGGAAAAAAAUACAUGCAUGUGUCAUCUUGGCAGUGAUGAUUAAUAUCGGUGUGUGUGUGCGCGCGCGCGCGUGUGACUGUGCGAGCGCGAUCGAUGCUAUGGCUUCUUCACACGUGCCGUGUGUGUGUGCGCGCUUUCUGGGUAACUAAAUUCGUGUGUUUAUUAUUCCUUAUUCGUUUGUAAAUGUUGUCGUGGUCGCGUACGUAUAAAGUGGUGAACUAUCGGCGAUUCUUUGCAGACUACUGCGCGACUCAAAUUAUUGCACUUUGCACCUUUCCAAAUACUACAGUAUAUACACUGCCAAAGAAAUUAAUUCUCUA